CGGUUUCGGGUACUUCUCGGCCCCCCGUCGUCGGGCUCGCGAGAGCAAGAUGGCGGCCGAGCCGCGACGCCUGGACGGCGGGGCCGAGGCGGCCGGAGCCGCCGCCAUGGACUCGUCGCGCUUCACGUGCCCCGUAUGCCUGGAGGUGUAUGACAAGCCGGUGAAGGCGCAGUGCGGGCACAUUUUUUGUUCGGCGUGCCUGAAGGAAUGUCUGAAGCCGAAGAAACCUGUCUGCGGGGUAUGCCGCAGUCCUCUGUUGAUUAAAGAACGGGCCAGGGAGCUUGAAAGUCAAAUUGAAAGGACAGAGACAACUUGUAAUGGCUGCCAUAAAAAUCUGUCCCUUUCCAAGAUGCGAGAGCAUGCAGCAUCCUGCUCCAAAUACCAGAGCCUCCUGAUGGAAGAUGUGAAGGCGGCCUCUAAAGAUGUGUCUCUUCAGCUGAGGGACGUCCCAAACCGCUUCACUUUUCCUUGCCCUUACUGCUCUGAGAAGAACCUGGAUCAGGAAGGACUAGUGGAACACUGCAAAAGGGACCACAGCCUGGAUGCUAAAUCAGUGGUUUGUCCAAUUUGUGCCUCGAUGCCCUGGGGAGACCCUAACUACAGGAGCGCUAACUUUAUAGAACAUAUCGAAAGGCGGCAUCGGUUUUCCUACGAUACCUUUGUGGAUUAUGAUGCCGACGAAGAUGACAUGAUGAACCAGGUUCUACUCCGUUCCUUGAUGGAUAAAUGAACCGAGGUGCGGCUAGACGCUCGAAAUCCGGAGCUUCCAUCGCCUGAAUGAAAACAGAUGCAAUCUUGACUUCUCUUCACCAUCUUCACGUUAAAAAUGGUGUAGACUGUAAAAGCGACUGAAUUUGUUUAUUUGUGUGUUUGUUUUGGGGGGGCCAGGAGAGUUGACGUUUAAACCCCACUUCAUCCUUGGGUUUCCCACCACGUCCUCUGGCUACACUGUCGACCUCCUCUCCCGGAGAGGUAACUUUCAUUGCUGCUCAUCUGCUUCUCUGGUUUUCUGGUUCCUUUUCCGGAGAACAGAACUAGUUUUUUCCUCCUUUGCCCCUCUGCUGUCAUCCCUCCCCCUCUCCACCUUAGUUCUUUGCUCUUUGUUUCAGCCGUUAUUUCCUCUGAGCCAGCAGUAAUUUCCCAGGGCCAGUGGCCCAGCUGAGACCAUGAAAUCUCAUUUUCUUAUCCUCAGGAAUGUGGGCUUUGGACACAGGUGUGUCCCGAGCCACCAUCAGGCUUGGGGAGUAUCAUGGGACCAGCAGUUGUGGGGGGUGGCGCUAGUUACUCGCUUCAUCUGCCGACGCCUGGGUUUUUCUUCCAGGAAAUCCUUUUAACUGAGCAGAUUUAAUUUAGCAGGGUUUACAGUUCCUAUUAGCUCUCAAUAACACUUUUCUAGCACUCUGACUCUUCCAGAAGCUUUCUGGUGCAGUCUUGAGUUGAACACCUACACGGUGCCUUGUGGGAGAAGGUUUGACCCUCCAUUUAUCAGUUGGUUCUAGGUUAGAAGCUUAAAUAAUCUUUAUUUGUAAUGGAGUUGGGGCAGAGGGAGGGAAAUCAGUAUGUAUUUUUUUCACUAAAGUGUUUUCAAGGGCCUCUUCUGAUAUUUACUUUCUUUAUGCAAACUGUAGUAGGUCGUCUCCUGCAUUUUGGCUCUGGGCUUGUGUAAUAAAGUAUUAAAAUCCAACUUUGAGGAUCCAAAAGCACUCAGAAAAACCGUGGUGAAGCGUGGCUUUUUAAUGCUUCAAUUUUCAGGAUUUUUUUUUUUACACUCUUUAAAAAUUAUAUUACAUAAACUUUUGGCUAGCAUAUGUAAAUUUUGAUAUUUUGAAUGGUUCCUUGGUGAAAGUGGUUUAAGUGUUUUUAAGACAAGAGCCUCAUUUUGUACAUUCCUCGUGUUAAAGGAAAUCAGAAUGGUCACAGACCUGUACGCACAAAUAUUUGAAUGUAAUAAACAGGCAAAAAGCACUGUUCAGAAUGAAAAAAAAAACAACCACAUGGAUGUAAAUAAAUGUUCUUUGCACAAAGUUUAAAAAUAUCUCUAACCCCCUUUCAGUUCUAUAAUCCCUCUUAGUGCUUUAAGAAUUAUUCAGGGGAUUAAGAGAGACACUGCGUAGCUAAUAGGAAGCAGAAGGAUGAUAUUCUGAAUAGCUUCUGAGGGGAAAGUUGAGUUCCCAGGGCAGAGGCUGGUCUCUGUUGCCACCAUGGCCGAAAGGUUUGAAACUGGGUCUUGCCGCUGUUCCGAGCCUACCCCGUGAGCGGCUAGUAGUUGAAGUGCGAUGUGUCUUUUUUGGGCCCGUGACCCGUCUUCCCACUGUACCGGUGGCCAAAGCGCCGGCCGCUGCCUGAGGGCGAGAAACUGUUUUGCCCUUCUGUGCUGCUGGACGGGAGGCCCCCAAAGGUUAAAGGUGAGCUGACCGCUUUAGUAGAAAACCUGAAUUAACAUCAUCUUCACAGGUGAUCAUAUCCUCAGUCGGAAGGUCCGCGCCUCGAAUUUGAAAGUUGGUCAGCGGUUUCGCCGGUGCUGUGAAUUCCAACGAUAUCUUGUACUAAGUGCACUUCUUGUAUUUCUUAUGAAAAUGACUUUUCUGAAAGUGAGAGCUCAUUUUGUUCUGGCUUUUAUAAGGCAAUGUAAUUAUAAAUAAAUUCAGCGACAUAA